GGUCUAAAAUCUCUCUCGGUCUCUCUCUCUCUCUCUCUCUGCUUCAUCGAUUCGAAGUAGAACUGAACUUUGUGUAGUGCGGCGAGAUGGGUGUGAAAUCGGUUUGUCGAGAAUCUUCGGAUAGGAAAAACUGGGACAAAAUAUUCAAGAAUUUGGUCAAAUGGCUACAGACGAAACAGGACGCGAUCGAAUCGCUUCUAAAAGACAGGAAGAGCCUCGAAGACAAGCUCAAGACCAAACACGAAAACUGGAUCUCCGAUGUUCGGAACUACGAGGAACAACUCUCUCUCAUGAAGAGAGAAAUUGAAACGAUGGAGAGGAUGCAGUUCUUUGAGACCUCUAAAUCCAAUCUCUUGUCUGUAUUAAAGGAAAAAGAUCAUUCUCUUUGCAAUUUGAAAUUAGAUGAGGCGGUGGAUGAGUUCAAAGACUUCAAGGCUUGGUUUGAUUUCCUCACUCUGAACACAAGUAAAGAAAAUGGCGACUCGGAAGCUGCAGAAUCAUUGGAAGUAAAAAUCAGGAAGCUGAAGCUAGAGUAUGAGAGGCUUGCUUCUGAGAAGAAGUGUGAGGUCUCUGAUCUUAGACGAGAGAACGGGUUUGCUUUGAGUCAGUUCAAGUGUAUCCAAAGUAGGUUCACUGAUAAGUUAAAGAGGAGAGAUGAGGAGAUUGCUCAAGCAAACACGAAGAUUUCGAGUCUUUUGUCUUUUCAAGAGCAGCUUCAGUCAUCUAACCAUGAGAAUGCUGAGAUUAUCUCGAGCUUGAAGGCUGAGGUUGCCGAAAUGAAGGCGAGUUCUAUUAAGAAAGAUGAGGAGAUUUCGAAACUCUCAAGGGAUCUAGAGUCUUUGAAGAAGUCUCGUAGCUUUACACCGGUUUUAACACGAUGCACGGUGCACAAUGGUAGUAGUGUGGGAUCUGAGGUAACAAGAAAGAAAGACAAGUCUGCUGCUUCACCACCAAAUGAUAAGGAAAUUAGAAGCUCAAAGAGGAAAAGAGUGACAGUUUCAGAAACUCCAAAGCUGUUCACUUCAACGUUUAGACUUCCCAAGUUAAAGUCUCCAUCUUCUGGAGCCAGAUAGGACUUAUCCGGUCUGCCUGCUUCUGCUAGAUUUAGGAUUUAGAGAAAUGAUCCUAAUGUAAUCUAUCUCUGUAUUUAGAAGCAUCCCUCUGGUAUAUAUUAGCUUAUAUAGUUAACUGAGUAAUUUCCACUUACCCGCAGCAUAUAAUCUAGCAGCUGUUAACUUUUUUUCUGUGUAUUAUUUGUCUUGUAACCAAGAUUUUAUUCCAAGCGGCUUUAAAUAAAGAGUUUUCACGGUUUGAUUUUGUUAGUAGCUGAGACCUUUUCUUGUUUGGCUUUGAUAUUUUGCAAUUAGAUCAUAUAUGCUGAAUGCUGAUCCAACUACUCGGCUUAUGAGACACUAAAAUAUCAGUAUGGUUUACUGCAGAAAAAGUUGUAUACCGGAUAUUUCAAUGAACCGCCAAAUUCCGAUCCGGUUCAACGAAUUGAUUUUCCAUUUUGUUUUUGGUUAGAGAAUGAAACGACGCCGUGUCAAGCUCUCUUAAUAUCGGAUUGAGUGACAGCGGAGAGAAUCUCCCUCGAAGAAGACGAAGAUGGUAUCUGAUGAUGCGAAAGCUCUGAAGAGAGAGGAGGCUGAGGAAGACAAUAAGAGCCUUUGUUAGGAAGAAGCCCACGAACGCCAACAAUGCUGGUUCAGCUUGGAGGAAAUUGAAGAAGGAAGUGAAGGACGAUGAUGAUGAUCAUGAUAAACCGAUCAAGGUCUCGCCCAAAGGCAGUAAAGAAGAAGGAGAUUGAUGAAGACGACGAUGAGAAGCCUCUUUCCAAGAGGAAUUCCUCUGUUGGCGUCUCAAAGGAGAGAGAGUUGAAGAAGCAGAGAAGAAAUGUAAAGAAGAAGGAGAAGUAAAAGAAAGUCUUUGAUUUGCCUAGUCAGAAGAGAGACCAACCUGAUGAGAGAGAUCCACUUAGGAUUUUCUACGAGACUCUUCACAAGCAACUUCCUACUAGUGAAAUGGCUAAGAUUUGGUUAAUGGAGUCAGGCUUGCUUCCAGCUGCAGAGGCAAAGAAAGUUCUUGAGAGGAAGUUGCAAAAGACUGGAAAGUUCAGUUCUCCAGCAAAAUCUGCAGCUUCUACCCCCAAGAACCCGCUCCAAAUCAGUGAUCGUGAACAAGGAAAUAAGAAAACCAUCAUCUGAAGCUGUGUCAGGCAAAAAGAAAGGAAGUGACUCCAAACCAACCACCAAGAAGCGGAAGAAAGAUUCUGAAGACCACGACUCGCGUGAUGAUUUCUUUGAGCCAAUUAGUUGGAAUUAAUUUUAAGAAUAAAGAGAAAUCACUUUCUCUGGUUUGUAGCUAUCUAAUUGUUUUAUAGAAACUUAAUUUGUGCAUUCUCUCAAAGUCGAAUUAUUUUUUAGGAGUAGUUUGCUGUUUCUAAUGUUGUUGGACCCAAUUGAUAUAUGUCACACAACCACCAAGUUUUGAUUUUCA